UCCUUGCAGCGGCUCAUCUGGCCGCGGCUGGGCCAGCGGUGAGAGUGUUCGGUGGGGGCGACAGGCUAUAAGAGGAGCAUCUUCAUGCUGCAGAGAUCACAAAUUUGUGUACUGGUGCCUUACCUCCAUCACUUUCAUCUUCUGCAGAGAAAAUGCGGCAACUUGUAGCUCUCUUGCUCAUUGCAGUGGUUGCGUACGUCUACACUGACAACACAGUGCUGCACAGGUCCAAAAGAUGGGAGGAGUUCCCGAACGUGACCUUCACCUUCGACUGCUCCAACAGGGCGAUUGGUUUCUAUGCUGACGUGGAGCACCACUGCCACAUCUUCCACAUGUGCGACGAGGAGGGCCGCAGGAUCCCCUACAUCUGUGCCAACAACACUGGAUUCAACCAGGAGUACAGGGUCUGCGACUGGAACUACAACUUCAACUGCGAGGAUUCCGAUAAGUGGUACUACCUCAACGAUCUGACUUACGUGACCGAUCCUCCUAAGGAGAAGUCCAGGAGAAACUAAACAGCUAAACUCGCUCAUCCACGUCCGCAAUAGUCAGCUCGAGAGACGGAAUUUUACGAUUUCCAGUGCCGAUUCAUCGCACGCCCUGUAAAUAAUUCUUCGCAGUAGUUUUUUUUUUCACUUCGCUCACUCGCUGUAAAUGGGUUUAAAUUGUACGAAAAAAGGGUCUGAAUGUUCUGAACUUGGGGCCAAAAUCAAAGUCGUGUUCAUUUUUCGCUUUUUGUACAAUCCAGCAUAUUCAGUAAUUGUAAGCAUUUUAUAAAUGUAUUUGAAGCAAAUAAAUAUAUCAUGAUCCAAGAGAAA